CGUACUAUACACGGAGCUAAUAAAUCAUAGUUAUUGUAUUGUACACAAAAUUGCAUUUUUCUUCGCGGUGUUUGCCGGUACUAUAACUGUAGGCCUAUUAUCAUUAUUAGUAUCUUUAUCGUUUUAUUAUUAUACUUAUAAUUUAUCGUUUUAUAAUGUCAUUGCAAAAAAAUAGAUUCAAUAAGGAGGAGCCGUCAACGGAUGGUAUUGUUACCACGACUGUCUUUCAAACCGUUGGUGAGGAUUACAGUAAAUGGAAGGAGCAGGAUAAUGUAAACGAGAUUGAACGAACUAAACAGGUACGCGAACACGCUAUCGCUACAAAUGUGGCAAAGGCGUUUACAGAAAGUCCGCAAGACCAACCAUCUGCAUCAGAAUCUGGUCCUACUGCUUCUACAUCCUCAUCUGAUCGUGGAGGAAAAGCAUCGGCAUCUACGUCAAGAAUUGAUGAUGGAAGAACAUCAGCUGCAUCUAUAUCAGCAAUUGAUCCCAGAAAAAAGCCUUCCUUAUUUCAUAGGUUUAUUCAACUGUUUAAAGGAAAAUCGAAUCAAUAUCAGCUAAAUGAAAUACGCAAGAAAGUCAUUGAGAGUAUUGCUAUUAAGAGAUCUGGUGGGCCGAGUGAUGUAACUUGCAUAUGGGACUAUGCAGGCCAACUUGAUUAUUACAUUACUCACCGGUUUUUCAUUACAGAUGGAUCGUCUUACGGAGUCGUUUUCAGUUUGCUAGAUGCCUUGGAUGAAUUUGCUAAGCCAAGGGAUCACAAUAAAGGAAAGUAUGAGAUGACUAAUCUCCAGACGAUCAUAUUUUGGAUAAGGUCGAUAUAUGAAUAUGCUAUACUGCUACAUGGCUUAAAGGAGAAACCUUUGAUCAAUGGAAUGAUAGCAUCUCCGACGAUUAGUCUGAUUGGGACGCACAUGGACCUACUCACGGGGAGUGAUGCUGAGAAGCAGGCAAAGAUUGAUGACAUGUUCGACAGAAUAUUUAAGGAACUCGAGGGAACCCCAUACGAACGUCACGUAGAUCGUGAGAGGUAUGCCGUAGACAACACCACAGCACUGGAUGAAGGGAUUCAAAGACUGAAAAGAAACGUAGGCGGUUUCAUGAAAGCAAUGACAAGAACUGUUCCAAUAAAUUGGAUGGACUUCCAAAUUGAGGUACAAGAAGCCGGGAAAACAACUCUGCGCAUGUCCUUAGAUAAGAUCACUAAGAUUGCUGUGAAAUGCGGUAUUAAUAAAGAAAACGUCAUCCACAUCCUCAAUUACCUUAAUGAUGUUGGAAUUAUUCUGUAUUCGCCCACUAACCAGGAGUUGAGGAACACAGUGAUUACUAACAUCCAUAUGCUAAUUGGUAUCUUCAUGAAAAUCAUCACAGUUGUGAAACCUGAUGAUGUUGACAAGAUUGAUAACAUGUUCGACAGAAUAUUUAAGGAACUCGAAGGAACCCCAUACGAACGUCACGUAGAUCGUGAGAGGUAUGCCGUAGACAACACCACAGCACUGGAUGAAGGGAUUCAAAGACUGAAAAGAAACGUAGGCGGUUUCAUGAAAGCAAUGGCAAGAACUGUUCCAAUAAAUUGGAUGGACUUCCAAAUUGAGGUACAAGAAGCCGGGAAAACAACUCUGCGCAUGUCCUUAGAUAAGAUAAUUACUUCAUUCUUAGAUGAGGACUUCAGUUUGCUUAAAGUUGUUGUUUCAAACUGGUAUGACAGUCACCAUUGUCUUGCUAUGCUGAAACUGUUGUUCAGAGAUCAUGUGGAACAUGGCGAGCUGGCAAGAGUAACUAAUACAUUGGAUUUGCUCAAUAUUUUGUGCAGACUUGAUCGUCUGAGUUCACGGAAACUUAGAUUUCUGUGUGAUACAAUUAGCAUAACCAAACAUUUUGGUCUUUCAUCUGAGAUUAAAAAAAAACUGCCAUCAUUCCCAGAUGUAAAGGAAGGAAGCAUUUGCGCAGAUUUCACACCUCACAGACAGAAGCUAAUGAAAUUUGGAAUGGAACUGACCCCAACCAAUGUGGCGCAGAUCGACGGAUUAUAUAAUACGCCUUGUAAGAAUUAUACUGAUUGCUGGGAAAUGAUCACAGAUCUAGAAGAUAAAAUGGAAAUCAGUGAAAAAAAUAUGAAGGAAUUCAUUGAUUCGCUGGAAACCAUUAAUCUUCCUCUAAUGGUAUUGAACACACUGACAGAAGGUAUUCCUCACUGUUUAAAUACCAUGACAUUUUAUUUUACAUUCUUUUGUAUUUUGAAUGUUGUCAUGAUUAAAGAAUAG